AUGCCUUGCAUUCCCCUUUUAGAUCUUCACCAAUAUCACCAAGUAGAUCGUGAUUUAUUCACUCGUUUAGUCAUAAAUUUGUCUAGAAGUCCAUCACAAUCAAUACUAGUAAUGGCAUUUUGGUUUUGGUUAGAAGAUAAUCAUCUUCCAUCCAUUAUUACAAGGCUUUUAAGGGCUUCUAAUUACAUUGUUAACAAAGUCUUUGAUGAAGCUGUUAUUUGCCUUAAUUCUCUUGCACCAAAUCAACCUAUGCCUACUAUUACUAGCACAAACUUCACUACUACUAUAAUGGGAAAUAAUAUUCCAUUACAAAAUAUGCAUAGAAAUAAGUCUUUUACUAUAAAUAGAAUUAAGUACUUUCUUAAUGAUGUUUGUGCUAGAAUAUUUACUGAUAUUUUGGACCAAAUUGUAAGGAAUCAUGAUGAAGUUAGACAAUUUUAUGAACCUAUACAUGUUCAUGGCUUUCCUCAUCCUAUUUUUGGUAAUGUUACCUUUCUAAAAUUGCCAUUGAAUGAGCUCUUUCUUGUUGAUGAUUUGUGGGGAUGGAGUAUUCCCGGCAGUUUCCCUAAAUUAUCAGCGUACUCUACCGGUGGAUUUCAAUUUUUCCGGUACUCUCUGUUGAUAUUAUUGGUGGAUCACGGUGUUAGAAUUAUUUCAGGUUAUAUAGUUGAAAUUGUCCAAUUGAGGUCGAGUUUAGCAUUAUCGUUGAAUGGUUUCUUUGAUGGCUAG